AUGGGCAUCUACGGACGCCAUGAAGCUGUGCACGCGCGGACAUCUCCACGAUCUGCUUCGGCCCUCGCCGCGUCCAUGGGCGCGUUCCUGCUCGCCACGGGCACCAAGGGAAAGAGAUUUUGCAUGCCCAACGCGCGCGUGAUGAUUCACCAGCCGCUGGGAGGCGCGCAGGGGUCGGUCACUCCUCUCGGGCAGAAGAUGGUAGCCCAAGUUGCACCUCUCCAACUCCUCACAUCCAUCCCACUCACCCCUCUCGGGCAGGAGAUGGCCAUAGACGUGGUGCCUGCAGGUGCGGGAGAUGAUGUUACCACAAGGUGCAUGCAAGGUCCCUCUAAGUCUUCUUCCCACUUCCUGGCCAUAGACGUGGGGCUGCAGGUGCGGGAGAUGAUGUACCACAAGGUCAAGCUCAACAAGAUCCUCUCUCUCGUCCACCUUCUCUCACCUCCCUCCCCCUCCUUCCCCGUGUCCCCCCCCACCUCACCUCAACCAACCUCCCGCCUCCCCCAUCGCAGGCCAUACCACGUGGGGCUGCAGGCCAUAGACGUGGGGUUGCAGGUGCGGGAGAUGAUGUACCACAAGGUCAAGCUCAACAAGAUCCUCUCACGAGUCACCGGCAAAUCAGAGGAACAGGUGCGUGCGUGCUCUGCCCCCUGCCUGCUCGCCCUCUCCACGCCUCUGCCUGCCUCCACUCCCCCCUCUGCCUCCUCCUCCCUGCUCAACAAGAUCCUCUCACGAGUCACCGGCAAGUCAGAGGAACAGGUGCGUUCUGUUGCCCUUUCUCCCCUGCCCUCCACCUGCGCGCCUUUGCCUUCUCCCCCUGAUUCCUCCGCUUCCUCCCCCUGCCUCUUCCGCCCGGAUUUAACAAGAUUAUCUCACGAAGUCACCGGAAAGUCAGAGGAACAGGUGCUGUGCGCUGCCCCUUCCCCUCCCCCACCCCCCUCCUUCUUCCUGCCUGCCUCCCCUCCUUCAGCCUGCCUCCCUCUUCCUGCUCCCGUGCCUCUUUCCUUGCCUGCACCCUUCCUGACUCUCCCCAUGCCACUCCCCUUCUUGACCCCCUACCUCCCCCCAUAUGCCUCUCCCCUUGCCUCUCCCCCUGCCUCUCCUCCUGCCUCUCCCCCUGUCUCUCCCUUUGCCUCCCCCCCUGCCCCUUGCCUGCUCUCUUUCCUGCUCCCUUUAAUUCCUUCCCUGACCUUCUCUCCCUCCUUUUAA